UUCAAUUGUUCUCUUUUUCAUUCAAUGUUUGUUAUUUAAUUCUGUUGUGUCAGUAAAAGGAAAUGGCUCACUUGGUCAAAAUUUACUGCAUUUUUUUGUUUUUGAUAAAAGCAGUCAAGCGAAGCAUCUUAAAUUGCAUGCGUUUUAUUUCCGUUUGUUCCAUUUCAGCUAAGUUAAUAUUCAGUUGUUUUGUUUUCACGAACAAAAUAUUUGCCUUGUGAAAUCUUCGUGAAAACUUAUUUAGGGUUCAGAAAAUGAUUCCCAAACACAUAAUUUAUUCCCAAAUCUUCAUCAUUUUCUCAGAAACUCUGUUUGCUUUAACGUGAACUGAUCUUACCAUUAAACAUUUCAACCCCAAGUAUUAUUCUAUGGGCUUGCAGAGUUGAGGGCUUUCAUAUAUUCUCGCUUCUUUUACUAUCCAAAUCAUAGUUUGCCAUGGUGUGCGAUUUAGUAGAAGUUAGCUAUACGUAUAGUAGCAACCGUGGUUACUCUAUACCAUAUUUCUUUUCUGCGUAUUGACUUCAAUAGUUUUAUAGGUCGAUGUUAUUGUUGAAGUUUCUUUACCAUUCGAUUUGAGCAAGUUAAUUCCUAUUCACUUUGGGAACCUCAAACUUCAACCGUUUGGCUAAAAUAAAAGAAAAACUUCAUGCUAAAAAACAUCAAUAGAUUGAAUUGAAUACUGUCUAAAAAUAGUCAAUAGUUUCUAUAUUGGUUUCCAAUCAAGACUCAGCCAGUAUUAAAAACGACCAUAUAUUUAACAUACACCGUAAUCUCUCUUCAAAUUAAAAACACGUUAUUCAUUUUUUUAUUUGCUUAAAAAACAAUUGUGUACAGACAGACAGACAGGUAUAUUGCAGUCAAAGGUACUACCAGUGGUGCUACAAUCAAUACACCUUUUUUCCUCUUCGCCUUAGAGUCAAAUCAUGUCUGAAAGCAACCAUGGUCCAGAAUGGGUGUUUGAGGAGGCCUCCAGACUCAUAGAGGAGGGCGUGGUCAAGGUGGACCAUUUUGAGAACAUCUACAGACUGCCCAAGAAAUUCGAGGGGUCGCCCAACUGGAGACAGGCUAGGGGGGGCUACAACGUGGUGGGCUCAGGUCAGUCCACGGUAGAGGGUCUCAAGUCCAUCCUCAAAUUCUACACGGGCGAACUGGGAUGGAAGAAGGUCAUCUUCGUCAACAUGCGCUCCGAGCCAGUCAUCUAUGCCAACAACUUCUCGUACGGGCCAAGGAACCCACACAACUUGAAUGAAAAUAUUGAACUUAAUGGUCUGAACACUUCGGACGUGGAGCGACUGCAGUUGAUUCUGGUAAACACUCUGAAGAAAAACGCCAAGGAGUCUUCCAAUGGAUUUGUGUACCACAAAGACACCUACGCAGAGGUGCCGGAAGAUAGGAAAGACUACGUGUGUUCUGAGCCAUGUGACAUAAAGAAUAUCCUGAGUGUGACUGAAGUGUAUUCGAAGAUGAAGGAGGACUUUGAGGCACUCGACAUCCUCUUCUUCAGACUCCCAGUCAACGACGAGAGGGUUCCCAACUUAGAAGACUUUGACCGACUGGUGAACUACCUGAAGGGAGAACUGAGUGUGACCACUGGCAUGCACUUCAACUGCCAGAUGGGCAAGGGCAGGACCACCACUGGAAUGGUUCUGGCAUGUCUCAUCACUGCCAAGGUCCUACAACAGUCCAUAGGACAGGACCAGUCAGGUGCUAACGGGGACUCUUCUGUGGCGACUGCGGGGGGAGGAGUGGGCGUGAACAAACCAGGCACCCUUGAGAACGGGGAGUUCCAGAUCAUCUUGGACUUGUGUGCUGCUCUCUCGUCUGGCAAGACAAUGAAGGCCGAAAUGGACUUCAUCAUAGAUGCAUGCGAUCACAUGCAGAACCUCAGAAAAUGUAUCUGGGAAACAAAA